AUGGCCUCCUCCAACGCAUCUUCCUCUACUGUGCCUCGCACUAGCCCUCGAUUUAUGCUGGCCGAUGGAACCGUGCGGUUCCAGUUGGACGAUGGAACCCUUUACUGCGUUCACCGUCACUUUUUCCAGCAGCACUCUCCCACAUUUGCUGCACAGUAUCUUUCCGGCAGCCAAGAUGAGGUCGUCCCCCUCCACGACGUGUCUGGCGUUGAUUUCGAUCACUUCCUAUCCCUAUUCUACCCCACUCGCGUCGGAAAGUGCGACGUACAGUCUGCCGAAGAAUGGGGCUCUAUCCUUCGCCUAGCCAGUCGCUGGUCAUUUCCCGAUCUCCGCGAGCUCGCCAUCCAGGAGCUCGAGACCAUCGCCAGUCCUGUCGAGAAGAUCGCGCUCGCGCGCGAAUGCCACGUCCCGCAAUGGCCUCUGGAUGCCUAUGCGAACGUCUGCACGCGCACGCGCUGCCUGAGUGUGGACGAGGCGGAGGCGCUUGGCUCGGUGGCGGCACACGCCGUACGCGGGAUCCGCGCGGAGAUCGAGAACGCAACGGAGCUAAGCGCCCGUCUGAUGGUCGAGGAUCUCGUCAUCCGCGCAGGCCUUGUCCUUGCCCAGCAAGUCGAAGAGCAGGACACCACUCGAUUCACACGCGUGUCGGGUCAGGCUACAUAUACUCCUUAUGCAGGCGACGCUGGCUAUGCCAGGAAGCGUGUAGCUAAAGGGAACUGCACUAGGACCUCCGACCACGGCUCCUUUUUCCCGCUCAUGGCUGACCUGACCCGCCCUCAUUCCGUGCAGUCCUUCGCCAGCAACGAGAGUAUACCCUCAGGAUUAUCGUCCUGGAUGACCACUGCAUCGCCGUCUACGGUGUCGGAUUCACCCGCAAGCACCCGCUUUUAUUUGUCCGAUGGAAACAUCAAGUUCAAGCUCGAUGAUAGCAGCGUAUACAAUGUGCACCGUUCGUUCUUCGAGACCCAUUCGCCGAAGUUCGCCGCCAAGUACCUUUGCAACUCUCAUGCAGAGGUCGUCAGGCUUCCUGGGGUUUCCUGCACCGACUUCGAGCGUUUCCUAUCCUUGAUGUACCCUGCCGCCAUCGGCGAAUACGAUAUAGAGACGGUCGCUGAAUGGUCCUCCGUCCUCCGCCUCGCCACGAAAUGGUCGUUCAACCGCCUGCGUGCCCUCGCCAUGCGCGAGAUCGAACCCCUUGCUGACGCCGUUGACAAGAUCGUGCUUGCUCGCGAGUUCGACCUUGGCGAUGCGUGGAUCGUGCCCGCGCUCAAGGAGAUCUGUGCGGCGCCAGACUGGCUCGAGUACGAGGACGCGCAAAGGCUCGGGCUUCGUACCGUAGUGGAGAUUGGGCGCGCUCGCGAGAAGCUGCGCGGCACGACUUUAUCGCCUUUAUCCAGGUCCACCAAGGUCCCUGCCAGUGUGUCGGCUACUUCUCAGCCUCCGUUCGCGCAUGAGGCAAAUGAGAGCCUCGGCGAACCCUCUCCAACAUCGUCUCCGCGACUGGCUUCGCUUUUGGGCCCAUUCGACUGUCUCUGGGCCGACAAUACUUCGGCGCACCAAAAUUCCUUUCCCGUGAUGUCUGAAUCUCCAGGCCCAUAUGCGCAAGACCCGAAUACCGCUGAGACAAAGGGCGACUCAGGCAAGUCUACUACAACAGCUCCACUGCGCGGAUACGCCUGCCCUGCCAAUGUAGAGUGCGUAGCCGCUGUCGCGGAUCCCUCGGUCGCCAAACCGGCCGACGUGACACGGAAAUUGCCGGUGAAGAAAGGCAAGUCAGGCGGGAAGCUUAUGAAGGACAGUCGUUUCUAUCUGGAGAUCCGGAGCCUGAAGCCCAAGUUUUACGCAAUCAUCGACCACGCGCCUGUCAGGAAAAGGACUCGAAGCCCAGAUAAAGGGCCACCCUCCGUCCAGUCGUUCGCAAGCAACGAGAGCAUUUCCCUGCCACCUUCGAUGGCUUCAACGGCACCGACUAUGAUACCGUCCCCAGGCAACCCCCGCUUCAAUCUGUCCGAUGGAAAUAUCAAGUUCAAGCUCGACGACGGCAACGUAUACAACGUGCAUCGCUCCUUCUUCGAGGCCCAUUCUCCGCAGUUCGCGGCCGAGUAUCUUUGCAACUCCCAUGCCGAGGUCGUCCGGCUCCCCGAGAUAUCCAGCGUGGACUUCGAGUGCUUUCUGUCGAUGAUUUACCCUACCGCCAUCGGCGAGUUCGACGUCCAGACGGUCGCCGAAUGGUCCUCUGUCCUCCGCCUCGCCACAAGAUGGUCCUUCGACCGCCUGCGCACCCUCGCUCUCCGCGAGGUCGGGGCCAUUGCCACUGCCGUCGACAAGAUCGUGCUGGCGCGCGAAUUUGGCUUUGGCGACGCGUGGAUCGAGCCGGCGCUCAAGACCCUCUGCGCGGCUCCGGGCUGGCUCGAGUACGAGGAGGCGGAAAGGCUAGGGUUGCGCACCGUCUUCGAGAUCGGCCGCGCGCGAGAGAAGCUGCGCAAGGCGGCCGUGUCAAUUCCGGACAAACUGGCAGUCAAAAAGGGAGGGAGCGUGAACACCAAGACGAGGGUAGCUGCUACGUCGUCACCGAUUGCGGUGCCAUCCUUCCCUCCAGCUCCUUCUUCAUCCACGUCUGAGCAUCCGGUGCCGCCGUGUCCAUGUCCAACCUCGCCUAUCACGCCUAAGGAGUGUGCGGGUUCUUCUACGAAGCCCCUUUCCAAGUCGACCUGGGGUCGAUGGGGCGGCAAUAUCUCCGAACAGUCGCCUACUGGAUGGGGCAUAAGUCCAAUGGUGGUAUCUCCAACCAAAAGCGAGGAAGCACCUGAAAAACCGAAGGUUGAAGUCCAGAAGGCCUAA